AUGGGCAGGCCAUGUUGCAUCGGUGUGUUGGGGGUGUGUAUCAUUACGACCAGGGAGUAUUGCAAUUUCAAGAGGGGUGCUUUCUAUCAGGAAGCUUACCAAUGCUCACAAGCAAAUUGCUUUGUGGAAACUUGUGGAUUGCAGCCAUUUCUCAAUCCAAAAGUACCUGAUCAAUUAUUUGUAAUGGUGGUCACGCUGUUUUUUCAAAUGAUAAUCAUGUACGAUCUUGAACGGUUGACGGGAACAUUCGAAAUGACGAUCGUUUACGUUUUGUGCGGCUGUUGUGGCAACCUCUUUAGCGGUAUCUUUAUGCCCUAUUAUAUAGAAUUAGGCCCAUCUGGAUCGCAGUUUGGUGUGUUGUCCAUUUUGUUCGUGGAGAUCAUACGUUGGAACAUUCAAGAACAGCCUCGGACAAGCUUUUGCAUCGCAAUUUUCGUUUUGCUCGUUUUGUUUAUGGUUGGCCUGAUCGUACCCCAGGUUGACAACUGGGCGCACUCCUGUGGUCUGAUUUAUGGCUCUUUCAUAUCCAUCGCUUUUCGACCUGUUAGAAGAAUUGUUAACAGACCAAUCAGCCGGUUCAUGAUCACGUUUCAGAGACUCAUCGGCGUCGUGUUCACUGUUUUCAUUCCAGCCGUGCUUCUAUUUUUCUUUUACUAUGUUAAUAUGGAGUUUGAAUGCACUGCCUGCGUGCAUUUCAACUGCGUUAGUUUCACUCGAGAUUACUGCGAAGGAACUAGCAUUACUUUAGAAUACAAUAAUAUGAUGCUGACAUAUGAACUAUAA